CUUGAAAGUACAAAUGGAAUCAACAACUGUCCACUUGGCAUAUAUAUCUAUGCAGACAAAUCAAAACUCUCCUCCUUUGGCUCUGUCAAUGGAGUUGGUGGUGGAUGCUUGGUUGGGUGGCUGCCAGAUAUUCAUGAAAAUGGUGUGGAAAGCUGUGACAGACAUUGGGCUGAGUUCCAGGCACAGAUUUAUCAACAGGUCAUGGCUGAAAUACUCCAAUCACUGUGUCGACCAGGUGCAUAUGGGAAAAAUGUAGUGUGUGCAGAUGGGAUAACGAGACGGAUUUUCCCCUUUGUCUUUGGACUAAUUGCAGACAACCAAGAAAUGUGA